GCCAGCUUGUCCUUCCCCACGUGGGUCGCCGGCUGCGCUAGUCUCUCCUCCAAACGACCCUGCGGCGGGUCUGCGGCGGGUGUGCGGCGGGCUCCGCGUCUGACCCCCGCUCCUGCCUGGCAUGAACCGCUACCUCCUGCCGCUGUCCGUGCUGGGCACGGCGGUGGGUGGCGCGGUGCUGCUCCGAGACUACGUUGCGGGCGGGGCCUGUCCCAGCAAGGCCACCAUUCCUGGGAAGACCGUCAUCGUGACUGGCGCCAACACGGGCAUCGGGAAGCAGACGGCCUUGGAGCUGGCCAGAAGAGGAGGCAACAUCAUUCUGGCCUGCCGAGAUAUGGAGAAGUGUGAGGCAGCGGCAAAGGACAUUCGUGGGGAGACCCUUAAUCACCGUGUCAGGGCCCGGCACCUGGACUUGGCCUCCCUCAAGUCCGUCCGAGAGUUUGCAGCGAAGAUCACUGAAGAGGAGGGCCAAGUACACAUCCUGGUCAACAAUGCGGCUGUGAUGCGGUGCCCCCACUGGACCACCGAGGACGGCUUCGAGAUGCAGUUUGGUGUUAACCACUUGGGUCACUUUCUUUUGACAAACUUGCUGCUGGACACACUGAAAGCCUCGGCCCCUUCACGGAUCAUCAACCUCUCGUCCUUGGCCCACGUUGCAGGACACAUAGACUUUGAUGACUUGAACUGGGAAAAGAGGAAGUAUGACACCAAAGCAGCGUAUUGCCAGAGUAAGCUGGCCGUCAUCCUCUUCACCAAGGAGCUGAGCCGGCGGCUGCAGGGCACGGGUGUGACUGUCAAUGCUCUGCACCCCGGUGUGGCCAGGACAGAGCUGGGCAGGCACACGGGCAUGCACAGCUCUGCCUUCUCCAGCUUCACACUCGGGCCCAUCUUCUGGCUGCUGGUCAAGAGCCCCGAGCUGGCAGCGCAGCCCAGCACAUACCUGGCUGUGGCAGAGGAAUUGGGGGGUGUUUCUGGAAAGUACUUCGAUGGACUCAAAGAGAAGCCUCCAGCCCCUGAAGCUGAGGAUGAGGAGGUAGCCCAGAGACUUUGGGCUGAAAGUGCCCGCCUGGUGGGCUUGGAGAUGUCCGGUGGUUCCUCUGUGAGGGGGCAGCCCCUCCCCAAAUAACCCCUGGGAGGCCGAGUACCAGGAGGAAGCCACAAGACCAACCAAGGCUGACUGCUCUGUCUGCAGCACCCUCUAGGUGGCAGUGUUGGCCGCGCGAGCCUCAAGACCACUGCUGUCAUGCGGGGCAGCACCCUCUAGGUGGCAGUGUUGGCUAAGGAAUGCUGACUGCUAUGCCCAUAUCGUCCUGUAGGGGUCACUAGCGCCCCUUUUCUCUAUUCUCCGCUGUGACGGGACUGCGGAUGCGCGCCUGGUGCGGUGGCCCACUGGUGCGGUGCGCCCCGCAGCCCGCAGGUGCACGGGGCCGUCAGACACCUGCCUUGAGCAUGUAACGGAACUGCCGAGGGAGGAGUGCACUCCCUCUGGCGUGGCCGUGUCAGGAGAGCCAGUGGUGGCCGCGGUGCAGAACUCCGGCCGCUGGGAAAGUUGUCGGCCAGACACGGUGCCGUUCGUGGUACCCCGUGGGCCCGUGCCCACCCUCAGUCGCCUCUGAGCCUCGGUUUCUCCCUCUGUGAAUGUGCGGAAUAACUUGACUACCUCACGGGACAGUGUGGCGAUGAGUGAGUUCUCGCCUGGCUGGGUGAACGGCAGCUGCGUCCUUGCUGCUGAAUGCUCGCUUGCGUGUGCCAUACCCUGGCCGAGCCGCCGGGGACACCCCGAGGACAGGCCUUGUCAUGCCAGCCCUGCUCGGGACAGCAAGGAGUGAACACCCUACCGGCUGCGCAGCUUAGGUGACCAAAUCCGGGCUGGCACCUAGCUCCCGCACGGAAUUGGGGGGGGGGCACCAAAAAGCUCGGUAAUCAAGAUACAAAUAUUUUAACAUAAAAGAAACCGUAACAUUUGAGAUACUCGUGGAGGCCAGGGAUGCUGCUCCGCGCCCUCUGCUCCCCAGAACAGCGGCCGGUGGCCCUGCCCCAAAUGCCGACAUGCCGAGGGAGGGGAGUGCGGAAGGUGGGAUUAAAGACGGCUCAGAGCUUUAAAA